UGAAUAUUUGAGUCAACUUAGACUCUUAAGUGCCACGGUAUACAACAUAACCAACGUGUACGCUAUAUUUAAUCCAAUAAAAAUCUGCACUCUAGUCUAUCUUGUUAUUUCUGCCAUCUAGUUUUAGUUUCUCUAGCCUUCUAGCUUCCUCCAAAUUAAUUGAUAACAGGCAACCCUCCAUCGAUCCAAUUCACAACCCAACCAAUUAGUUGGAGAAAGCAAACAUCGUAACAUAACAUAAUAUGUCAUCAACAAGAUCAUGGGACCAUGAUGAGUGCAUGCGCUACGAUACAGAUGAAGAAAGCUCGAUCUGCGGUUGCGGUUUUAUAGGGUUCAAGAGAAACCAAGUGAUAGAUUGCAGCCUCAGCCAGAGUGAGAUAGAAGAAGAUUCAGAAGAGUUGUUUGAGAUCAAUCUGAAUAAGGAGCCUUUGGCUUUGGAUACAAUAAGAGAAGACUGCGAGAGCACCGUGUUCUCUCUUGACAUUAACAAGGCCAAAGAUGUUGUUUAUGUGGCAGUUGGCAACGACGGAGAUUCAAGCAUGGAAGCUCUUUCAUGGGCCUUGAAGCAUGCCGUGACACCCUCGGCCACCGUUUGUCUCCUACACGUUUUCCCUCAAGUCAACCUCAUCCCAAGUCCAUUGGGAAAAAUUCCAAGGAGUCACGUAAAUCUAGAGUAUGUUAACAUGCACUUGACACAAGAGAGAGGCAAGAGGAAAUUACUCCUUCAAAAGUUCAUUGACCUCUGCGUUGAUUCCAAGGUUAAGGUGGAUAUGAUGCUUAUUGAGGGUGACAACAUUGCUAAAGCCAUCAUGAACCUUAUUGGAAAUCUUAAUAUAAGGAAAUUGGUGGUUGGAAUUGGCAAGUCUAAUUUAAGAAAAUCUAUGAGUAGAAGGCAAAAUGCCAUAGCGGCCAAGGUAUUAAAAAAUGCACAGGAAAGCUGUGACAUAAAAAUCAUAUGCGAAGGAAGAGAAGUGAUCGACCAGAUGAUUUGAUUGCACUUCGUCACGCUCCAUUGACGAUCGGAGUUCAAGAGUUUCACAGGAAAAAGAUGAAUCCCGUGGAUCUGUCCCACUUAAGCAUUUUAUGUCCAGUUCGUUAUGGUUAUUUAGGUUCAUCACCUACAUGAGAUGAGUAAAUAUUAAAUAUGUAUACGAAGGAAAAGGAGGAAGAAGAAGAAGAAAAAGUGCUAGUGAUUAAGUUUGCUCUCAUUAAUAUAUUCUUAGUUUAAUAUAUCAAUUUGUUAGUUCAAAUAUUAUAGGGUUUUUUUUUAUUCAUCAGAAAGUUAAACAAGCAAAACAUAAAGAAACUAGUGGAACCUAGUACUAGUCGAAUAUUAUUACAGGUUUAAAUUAAUACAAGAACGAUGUAAUUGUAUCCUGACACUAUCAUACACCAAUGGUGUGUAUCAAAUUUUUAUAUCUAUGAAAUUAUCUAA